AAAAAAUGGCUUGGUGGAGGUCUGUGCUCUCUGAGUGCAUCUAGUUUCUGCUUUUAAUUUAGGCAGUUCAACUUUAAAAGUUUCUGUGUUUUCUAAUUACUCUCCUGUUUAAAGGGGACAAAGAUUACAGAUAAUGAAAUAAAGUCAAACCCUGUUUUAUUGUGCCUCAGCUGAUAGUUAAAGUCAUAUCAUCUCAAGCUCAGAUAGCAGUCUUGCGUAUAAGCUGAAGUGUUUAGUAAGUUCCUAUUAUUAUACUUUAUUGUGACAAUUGAUGAUCAUGUGUAUUCUGUGUAACUACAGUAUGUUGCUGUCUGUAAGUGUGUGUGUAGAUGUGUAGAAAAGGACUUUUAUAAUGUGAAUUUCAUGCUACCAGCGUCAUUCACUUCAUAUUUAUCUGUUUUUCAUGCUGUGGUGGACGUCGUCGGUUUGACAGAGAAAUUUACAUUUAAUCCAAAAGAGGGAAUAGACAACCCAGUGAUGGUUAUCACAGAGAGUGCAGACUCUGUGUCAACACCCAGGCUUCGACUGUGUUUUCUUAAACGAGAGGAAGGGGAGGCUUAUGGUUUCAAACUGCGGGUGGAGGAGGACUGCCAUGGACACUUGAUCAGAAACGUAGUAUCAGGAGGUAUAGCGGAGCGUAGCGGCCUCAGAGAUGGAGACAGACUUCUGGAGGUCAACAACUGCUUUGUUGACAACGCGCCUCACUCAGAGGUAUCUAGAAAGAUAACUAUAAGUGGACACCAGUUAUGCUUGUUAGUGCUGGAUGGGGAGGAAUAUGAGCGGGCUGUGUCACAAAAGCAAGAUCUGCGAGUACUGGCCAAAAGCUACAAGGAAGAGGGCUGCAAACCUCCCAGGCUCUGCCACAUCACUAGGGCGCCAUCUUCAGGCCUUGGGAUCAGCUUUACACCUUUGGAAGGAGAGAAAGGUCGCUUCUCUGUGAGCCUUGUGGCAGGAGGUGCAGCUGAAAAGGCAGGGGUGUGUAAGGGAGAUCAUCUGGUGUGGAUGAAUGGAGCAAUGGUGUCCCACCUCUCACACGCUGCUCUCAGCAGAAUGAUGAAAAAAUGUGGCAAUCACAUCACCAUCCUAGUGAUAGACAGUGAGAGUGAGAAGAUCUACCUCCAAAAGAAGAUUCCCAUCCUACCCACAAUGGCUGCCGCACACAACCUGCCUUUCAGAGCCAGAAAACUCCACAUGAUCUCUGGGUCUGAGGGCUAUGGCUUUCUCCUCCGCCUGGAGAAGACCCCAUCAGGACGCACAUAUCAUGUUCUGCGUGAGGUGGAAAGAGACAGUUCAGCAGAGAGGGCUGGUAUGCGGGAUGGAGAGAUCCUGCUGGAGGUCAAUGGAGAAUCAGUGGAGUCGCUGAUGCAUAAUGAGAUUGUGGACAGAAUAAGACUGAGUGGAAAACAGUUAUUCCUGACCUCCAUAACUGCCUCUGGGCUGGAGUUUUAUACCCAGCUGGGUCUGUCUCCUCUUCUUUUUUGUGAGGAUGAUGCUGCUGAGAAAACUGCAGAUGAUCAUACAUCCCCAAACAAAAAGAAGGACUUGAGCAGUCCGAGGCUCUGUACCAUCCAAAAAGGACCCCUGGGCUUUGGCUUUAACCUGGACUGUGACCCGCAGCGUCCUGGGGCUUUCAUCAGUCAGGUGGCUGUUGGUGGUUCUGGGCAGAGUGCUGGACUAGUUGUAGGUGAUGUAGUGAUGGAAGUCAAUGGACAAAAUGUUGAGGAGAAACAUCUGGAAGAUAUAAUUAUGCUUGUGGAAAAAGGGGGGAGUUUUCUUUCAUUACAAGUUAUGGAUCAGACAAGCUACAACAAAAUGAAACAGUCUGAUAUCUCAAACACUGAUGCCAUUACGAGAAAGCAGGAAGAAGAAGAUGAAUAUGAGCUUUCUAUUUUGUGAGCAGCAACAAUUCUGAAUCCUGAAGAUUUUCUGAAGCACCAAACAUCACUGGGAAGAUUUCAGACUGAGCUGAACAAGCAAGAAACGUAUCUAAUGUUGAUAUUCUGCAAGUUAACUUAAUCCACCUGGGGUUUCUGAAAAAAUUCAAACAACAAAACAGAUAAAGUAAGCUGGAAACAAAUCGGAUUUCAAGAUGGUCUUAAGUGUAUUUGUUAUAACAUGAGAAUACCGCAGUGUUCAGUGUUAUAGACUGAGACAGCCUCUAGUUUUACACAGCAACAAUACAUAACCUCAGUUGUGUAAAAUACUAAUAUUAAUUACAAUAAAUAUCCAUCCAUCUAUUAUUUGUACCACUUCAUCCAUUAAGGGUUGCGGCGAAGCUGGAGUCUAACCCAGCAUUUAACAGGUGAGAGGCAGGUUCACCUGGACAGGCCACCAGCCCGUCACAGGGUCAACACGAAGACAAACAACCACUCACACUCACUUCGAGGGAGAAUUUAGAGUGACCAGUUAACCUAAAAU